AGACGCGCGCAACUUGAUUCAGGAAGUACGCUUUUUAUUUACAUGUCGCGGUCCUGUUAGCGAGAAAAGUCUUCAGAAGUCCAAAGAAGUGGUUCGUUUCUUGGUUAAUAAGCAACACAAUUCAGGUGAAAAUGUCGGCUGGUCCCGAGUCUACACAUGUAUCAUCGCUUGGGAAGGCUGACAGCUUACAUCAACAGGUUCUGGCCUCCUUCCCUCUGUGUGAUAUGACAGAGGAGGAUCUGACCCAGAACCCUCAGUUCUGUAAACUGCUGGCCACCCUGGCACAACAUGUGGACCAAACUGGACUCACUGUCCCACUGAAAACUGAACUGGACAAGGCUGAACAGAAGCUGCAGAGCCAGAGGCGUCACUGGCUGCGCUCCGAGAGCCUCCACAAAGGGAUGCAGGAGAUGGUCCAGGAGCACUGUAUCAGGAAGCACCACGCCACUGUACCCCCUGACCAGAACAUGUUCUAUGAGACGAUGGAGAAGUGUCUGCUGGUGUCUCAGUGUGUCAGACAGCUGGAUCCCAGUAGCACUACCAACCAGGACCAGCCCUCUGUUCUGGGGCUGAAUCCCCAACGGGUGAUGGAGCUCAUGCCGUCAGAGAAGAAUGUUCAAAGAAUGAAACAGGGACUUCCCAGAGAGCUGGAGAAACAUCUGAAGAAAAAGUGUUGGAGCCUCCUCUCUUACUAUCAGCCUGAAUGGGAGAGUGAGAGUGAGGGUCUGAAGAACAGCAAGUUGUCUCAUCUGUCAGCCCUACUGGACAAAGAGAAGAAAAGAGCAGAGAGUCUGAAGGAGACCUGCUGGGAAAACACAGUUCUCCUGCAGAGACAGACUCAGCUCUACCUCUCUGAGCUGAUUAAGUGUAUUCAGCUUCUCCAGUCUCUCAUCUUGGACCACAGGCUGAGGAUCCAGACAGAUUUGGACAGGAAGAAGUUAGACUACCUGGAGGGAAAAUGCGGAUUAGUCUUACAGAAGAUCAAGACUGAGAUGGUGGAAAUUCAGCUGGACACGUACACAGUGGACUCAUUAUCUGCUCAUAGGAAAAUAAGAGAGAAGCUGGACUCUGAGCUGAAGGCCUGUCAGGCGGAGAAGCAGUCUGUCGAGUUAAAGCUGGCCUCCUUUGAGAUCUUGGGCAAAGAGUUCGAGGCCCUGGCUGAAGAGUACUGCAGAUUACGGCAGGAGAUAGAAAUGAAAAACUGGGCUCUGAAGGAGUUCACUCAGUACAAUGACAAGUGAAGAUCUGCUGCCAGACAUUGCCUAUUCAUAGUGCCUCCUCUCUAACAAUGACACACUGGCUACGCUUGACACAGAGACACAGGAACUGUGUAGCAUGUACAGUAGGGGGUGGGCUACCUGAAAGUUCCCAUCAGAGCUCCUAACUUAAGAUUGUUUUUUAAUUAACUUCAGUAAAUUCAGUUUUCUUUAAAUAGUUCAGUGCGUCACCAUGGCAAUGAGCACUUCUGCUAUCUUUGUCGCUACCUGACAUGUUUAGUAUUCAUUACUCUUUAAUAAGAUACAGUUUAAGCUUUAACUAUCUUACACGUGACUUCAUGGUCAAGUUUUGAUUGCUUUCUAUAUCCACUUAGAGAAGUGAGAAUCACUAUGUUCCUACUGACAAUGCAAAGUACCGUUACCCUAAAAUUGACUUCCUAGUUUGCAGAGGCAGCAGUGAUUCAUCUGAAAAUCAGAAUUCUCAUUUAACACCUUACCUCAAGUUGGGUGAGGAGACUUGUGUAUAUUGUGAUAUGAACUGUGCAAAAAAUAAACUAAAAAAAUGCCAUCUGAA